AUGACUGAUACAACUGAGACGCCAAUUCGCAUAACCGAUGACGACAUUGUAGACUCAGAUCCAGGUAUAGAAGAUCUAUCUGUCGACUGGUGGCGGCAUGCGCACUCGGUGAAUAACGCAACGGUACGGGCGGAAGAGUACAAUGCGGUAGAGAGCGUUUCACUCCAUGGACGACGCUGUUUAAUUACGGGUGAAACAGCACCUAGUAUUGCUAUCAUAAUAGCCUGUUUGAUAGCCAAUGAAACUAAAGCAUCGCAGUUGGCCCGCCUUCAAUACGCCCUAGGUCGCAAGAUAAAUCCAAACAGUCGUUGGUUCAAUCUCUUUCUGAGAUCCGACAUUCAUUGUUCCUUUGACGCCACGCCGAGUGGUUGGGUUCUUAUCCCCAUCGAGGAGGAUGUUCGUCGAAUUAAGGGUAAGAUACUUACUCUCAUAGACGAACGGAGAAGGGAAUCUAUAGAUGGUCCAUGGCCUGAUUUUCGCAGCCCCGAUUGGUUUCCCGCCAGGUUAUCAGGUUAUUCGUAUAGAUUUGUUCCACUCCUGUUGAAUACCGAGAAGGUCCCUAUCGUUCGCCGUCAGUGGCAAACCACUACGACUGGCCACCCAGUUCGCGAUUUGCACUAUCCCCCAUAUCCCAACUUUCCUGUGCUUUGCUCCCAUGUUCACCCGUACGCGGUAAUUUUGAACGCAGUACCGAAAAUCGAAAGUCAUAUGGACAUCCCUGGAGAGGUACUCCCGAUAACCAGGGAGCUCUUUUCUGACCUCUCCAUCAUUUAUCAUGCCCUCAUGGAUGCCUGGAAGGAAGCACCAUCCAGAACAGAUCAACUGGAAGAUUCCGCAUCCCAUGGACAUCCCACAACUCCAAUCUCAACCCGGUUGAUGAUCGCUCGCUCUUCAGACCACAGCGUGGACCAUCCAUCGAUACAAGAGACUUCUUCAAACCCUACUCGCCUACCCGCAAAUGCAAUCGAGGAAAGCUAUACUGAUGAAGUCGACACUUACAAUAAUCUAUCUGAUGAUUCCGAGGCAGAGUCAUGCGAUAUACUAAACUUCCGUGACGCUUACUCUCGUGCGUCAAUAUCUUUUUCGAUCCGCGGUGAUUCACUACAUUCCGGCUCUGUCGAACCGGCACAAUCAAGUCGCUCAACCUAUUAUACAUCUCUUGAUAUACCCGAGCGGCCGGAUUUCGCCAAAUGGAUUACCAGCGUCGAAACUGCACGCCAAUCUGACCCACUUCCGGAACCCCAAACGGACGACUCACCGGAAUCAUUGAGGUACAGAACAGAGCCAGCACGCUCGCCACCUACCCACGAUUGGCACAGCUGGACAUCGGAAUUCGCACCUUGGUGGGUUGUGCUUCCCAAACGCAAGAACUGCGGAGCGCUUUCGAGCAACGAUUGGGUUGAAAUACGGAACCUUCCACCGUUGACAAGGAAAAUGGAUGACUGGGAGUCUGAAAUGAUUAAUCUGUAG